UGGAAAAAUAGAAUGUACUUCUCUCUCCCUCGCUAUCAACGUUUCUUCCCAAGGCAUAAAAAACAGGUCGCAGAAGAUAAUGCAAUAUGCUCGAGGUCUCUUGCCGGUAUAAAAGGCAUUGCAACUUCGAAACUAACACACAUACCUCGCCAUGUAUCGUCUGGAAAGAUUACUCAUAGCUAUCGCCGUGGCCGGGACCGUCGGUGCCCAGUGCCCCGAUACCUUCUUCGAGGCCGGGGAGGAUGCUUCCACGUCAUAGACACCGGCGACACGGACAUCACCUGGGAAGACGCUCGGGAAACGUGCAUUGGCCUGAGCGACAGCGGCUGGACAGUGGACUUGGCUUCCCUCGACUCACGGCGCAGCUCGAGGCCUUCGCGGAGGCGUGGGCUACAGUGGGGGCAGACUACAGGCCCUACGGCUACAUGUGGGUGGGCUUCACCCGUGAGACCGGGGAGUGGGCCAACCUGGACGGAGUGCCAAUAUCCCUCUACUCCAACGUGUGGCGGGAAGGUCAUCCGCACGACAUGAACAUGUACGUCUACAUCGAGGACGUCACCAUGACCUCCGGCAGCGAGUCCCGAGGGCGCUUCUACGCCUCGUGCACGAUGACGGACGCUCUUCAGAGGGCGCUGUGCAGGGCUUACCCACAGAAGUAAAAGGGUAAAACAUGUAAUAUCAAACAAAUAAAAAAUACUCACAC